AUGUCUUCUAAACCAUCUAUCCUUCACCUCGGUGACCCAUGUCGCUGGCAUGCAGAUCUAUACAAGAAGUUCGAGACACACUUUACCAUCAUCCGUCCUUCAGCAGAGGAACGCGAAAGAUCCGCCUUCCUCACAGCUCUCAAGGAAAAGCGAUGGGGCAAUUUCGUAGCUAUCAUGCGACCAUUCUGGAACACUGGAGGAGAGAUGGGAAGGAUUGACAGAGAGUUGAUCUCGUUGCUUCCUGAUAGUGUUAAGGUAUAUGCAUCUGCUGGUGCAGGUUUCGAUUGGGUAGACACUGAUAUCCUUGCCGAGAAAGGAAUCAUCUACUGCAACGGCGCAGCAGCAUCUUCAGACUCAGUAGCCGACUCCGCCCUCUUCCUCAUCAUCUCCACCUUCCGCAACCUCGCAUGGUCACAAAUCGCCGCUCGAUCAGGAAACCCAGACGAACUCUUCGACGCCCACAAAAACUCUCCAACCACAGCCAUAAACCCCAAGGGAAGAAUCCUCGGUAUCGUCGGUCUCGGAAACAUCGGCUACAGAAUCGCUCAAAAAGCCUACCUAGGUCUGGGCAUGAAGAUUGCCUACCAUGAUCUGUUCCGCAAAUCUAAAGCUGUGGAGGAGGCUGUGGGAGCAACGUUCUACAAGACUCUGGAUGAGAUGUUGGCAGCUGCCGAUUGUAUCCUCGUCGCAACCCCCUUUUCCGGAAAACAGCUUUUCACAGCCGAGAAGUUCAAGAAAUUCAAGCGUGGCAGUCGACUCAUCAACAUUGCUCGUGGACCAUUAGUCAACGAAGCCGAUCUUGUGGAAGCGCUCAAAUCGGGUCAACUGAGUGCUUGUGGAUUGGAUGUGUUUGAGAAUGAACCGCACGUGAAUAAGGAGUUGUGUGGACUCAAGCAGGCAACUUUGACGGCACACACAGCGGGCGGCACUAUCGACACGCAUAUUGGGUUUGAAGAGUUGUGCUAUAAGAAUGUGUUGGGCGCGCUUUUGGAGGGCAAGGCUAUCAGUCCCGUAAAUUUGCACUUGAUCAAGGCGGGUAAGAGUAAGCUGUAG